UCUCGGUUCCCGAGUGGAAACGCACGUUGCCAACUUGCCGUGCCGUUUCGGCGGCCGAUUCUUUUGCUGCUUCUACGACUACGAGCCGACUCCUAGUAAUUCUUUGGCAGCAGCUCUCUCAGGCAGGCCGCUCCAACCCCAAACCCAACUCCUCCUCCUCAGCUCCACAGCUGAAAGCCGAGAGAGAGGAGGAGAGAUCCAAUCCACUCCACUCCACUCCAAUCCAAUCCACUCCGCUCGCCGUCUCCCUCCUACUCGCCGCUUCGAUUCCGCCCGCUCUACUUGCUUGGCUCAGGCGAGUGGUUUGCUUCGGUUCCGUGCUCAGAUCCGAGCGCGGUUUCAAUUCCGCUUUCACCUCACAGGGUGCUCGCUUUGCACUUGCAGCUUUGCUUCAGAAUUUCUUCUUCUUCUUCUUCUGCGGUUUUGGUUGGAUCGAAAUGGGCGCGUGCGUGUCCAAGGUCACCGCCUGCUGCUGCCGCUCGCCGCACAACGGGAUAAUCAACGAGAACACUGAUACUGUGGCGGAGGAGCAGGGGGAGGCGUACGAACUGCCGGCGUUCCAGGAGUUCUCCUUCGAGCAGUUGCGGCUGGCAACGUCGGGCUUUGCGGUGGAGAACAUCGUUUCCGAGCAUGGCGAGAAGGCGCCCAAUGUGGUAUACAAGGGGAAGCUCGAUGCCCAGCGGCGCAUCGCUGUCAAGCGGUUCAACCGCUCUGCCUGGCCUGACCCCCGGCAGUUCCUGGAAGAAGCUAGAUCAGUUGGCCAGCUCCGUAGCAAAAGAUUGGCAAAUUUGCUUGGAUGUUGCUGUGAAGGUGAUGAGAGAUUGCUUGUUGCAGAGUACAUGCCCAACGACACGCUAGCAAAACAUCUCUUCCAUUGGGAGUCGCAAGCAAUGAAAUGGCCCAUGAGAUUAAGGGUUGUUCUCUAUCUUGCUGAGGCUUUAGAGUAUUGCAGCAGCAAGGGGCGUGCUCUCUACCAUGAUCUCAAUGCCUACAGAGUUCUUUUUGAUGAUGACUGUAAUCCUAGACUUUCCUGUUUUGGCCUCAUGAAGAACAGUCGGGAUGGGAAAAGCUACAGUACCAAUUUGGCAUUUACACCCCCAGAAUACAUGAGGACUGGACGGAUCACUCCUGAAAGUGUCACAUACAGCUUUGGAACCUUGCUGUUGGAUGUUCUUAGUGGGAAGCAUAUUCCUCCUAGCCAUGCCCUUGACCUGAUUCGAGAUCGGAACUUUAACAUGCUUACAGACUCCUGUUUAGAGGGUCAAUUUUCAAAUGAGGAAGGAACAGAACUGGUGCGAUUAGCUUCAAGGUGCCUUCACUACGAACCCCGUGAACGACCUAAUGUAAGAUCUCUUGUGCAAGCAUUGGCCCCACUUCAGAAGGAUGUUGAGACUCCAUCUUAUGAACUGAUGGAUAUACCACGAGGUGGUGCAUCAUCUAUCCAAUCAUUGCCUCUUUCUCCUCUUGCCGAAGCCUGUUCCAGAAAGGAUCUGACAGCGAUACAUGAAAUUCUAGAAAAGACGGGCUACAAGGAUGAUGAGGGAACAACAAAUGAGCUCUCGUUUCAGAUGUGGACCAAUCAAAUGCAAGAUACGUUGAACUCUAAGAAGAAGGGUGACAAUGCUUUUCGACAAAAGGAUUUUACUACUGCUAUUGAUUGUUAUUCCCAGUUCAUUGAAGUUGGUACGAUGGUUUCACCAACAAUUUAUGCUCGGCGAUGCCUGUCAUAUCUGAUGAAUGACAUGCCACAACAAGCACUAAGUGACGCAAUGCAAGCUCUAGUAAUAUCUCCGACAUGGUCAACCGCGUUCUAUCUUCAGACUGCAGCGCUAUUAUCAUUAGGCAUGGAGAAUGAAGCUCAAGAAGCGCUCAAGGAUGGUUGUAACCUAGAGCAAAGUAGCAGCAGUGGCCAUUGAGUGUGAACAGAUUUGUAGUCCACCAAAUGCACAUAAUUUCAGGUGCGUGUUUGAACAGAAUUAUUGGAUAUGGAAGCAGGUGUUGGUGAUUUGUCAACUUGGUUAGGGGUUCUUUAACCUUCUGAUUUGUGCGUGUGAGACGUCGUCCCUCAUCCAUAUCUUCAUGUAGGAUGUAUAUAUGGAAGAAAGCGACAACAGUGGCCCUGAAAGAGACGGCAAAGACAUCGAAGGUGAAUAAGUACCGCAGACAGGAAAUUAAUGGGGGAGAAAGGAAAACUUGUUCUUGGUUCCUCCUACUAGGGAAAAAAGGAAAAGGUCCAAAAAGGAUUGUUGAUGAAUGUACAUGUCCAUCUUGCUGGUCGGUGUGUAAACUUGUACAUCAAGCGUUGUUUUCCCCUGGGUUUGUUCUUUGUUUCAUAUGUGUUGGGUCCCAUUGGUAUAUUUCCAUAGAAGAUGGUGGAAUUCUUUUCAGCGGCGAAAAUUGGCAGUAUUCAAUGUGCCGUUUCA